CCUUUCAGUCAUCUCCUUUCUUCCGUGCUUUGCCCCUUCCGCCAUAAACAACCCAAAUAAAAAUCUUACCAAUUUUAAUUUUUUUAUUUUUUUCCCCAUUUUUUAGAUUUAUUAAUCAUUAUUAUUUUUUCUUUUUUAAUCUAACCACUCUAUUAAAGAGCUGUAGCCCCUUUCUCUGCUUCUCUAUACACCAUGAACACAGCUAUCAGCAACAAUCUCAACAGCUACCAGAAUCAAAGAAACGUUUCAUCUUCUUCCUCACACUUUGUUUAAGGUUUUUUCUGCUGAUUUUGUGCAAGCUCAUUUCCUUUUUGCCUCUUCGCCGCCUCUUUUUACUGGUCCAUUAUGUCUGAGGGUGUAGUUUGACAUAUUUUAUGUUUCGCCAUAGAAAGGUGCUGAAAUCCACAUGCAACGAGGAAGUUUUUCUGCAAUGGAUGUAAAAGGAGCUUCUGACAUUGAGCAUAUGAGUCCUACAUCAGGACUUCAGCAUGAAUUAUGGCCUCUAGAUGAAAUUGAUCCAAGUAAAGCCAAGUUUCCAUGCUGUCUAGUUUGGACACCACUCCCAGUUGUCUCAUGGUUGGCACCUUUCAUUGGACAUGUUGGCAUUUGCAGGGAGGAUGGAACUAUAUUAGACUUCGCAGGAUCCGGUUUUGUUAAUGUUGAUGAUUUGGCUUUUGGUCCUGUGGCUAGAUGUCUUCAACUUGAUAGAGAACAGUUGUUAAUGCAGUGUUGCUUUCCCCCAAACCUCGCCGGGCAUACUUGCAAGCACGGCUAUAUGCACACCAAGUACGGGACUGCAAUAACAUGGGAUGAUGCUCUUCAGUCAAGCAAGUCUCACUUCGAGCAUAAAACCUACAACCUUUUUACUUGUAAUUCUCAUUCAUUUGUUGCCAACUGUCUGAAUCGACUCUGUUAUCGAGGAUCAAUGAGUUGGAACAUGGUAAAUGUGGCUGCUCUUAUACUCUUUAAGGGACAUUGGAUCAACUGGAAGUCAAUAAUCAGGUCAUUCUUUUCUUUCGCAGUGGUCCUUUGCCUGGGUAUUUUUUUUGUUGGCUGGCCUUUUCUAAUUGGGCUGUUCUCAUUGUCCUUCCUCUUCAUGGGGUGGUUUCUCAUGGGUACUUACUGCGCGAAAAGCCUGUUAGAAUGCUAGAAAUUUAGUCACUAAUGUAAAAGGUUUGUUUUUGGGAAGAAUCUGAAUCAAUAUAGUUUCUCA